UCGACAUUUCGACAAUUCGAUUCGACGAAUCGACGAAACAAAUCCUUCGAAUUCGAAGCUUUCGAUUCCCUCUGGAAAACAAGAGGACUGAACACGAACUAAGAAUCUCCAUGGCUUUAAACCUUCGCCAGAAGCAAACAGAAUGUAUAAUUCGAAUGUUGAAUUUGAACCAGCCGGUGAACUCAACAUCGACCGCGAACGAAGAGGUUUACAAGAUCUUGAUCUUCGACAGAUUUUGCCAGAACAUACUGUCGCCUUUGAUUCAUGUCAAGGAUCUUCGCAAACAUGGGGUCACUCUUUAUUUUCUCAUCGACAAGGAUCGGAAACCUGUUCACGAUGUGCCUGCUGUCUAUUUCGUCCAACCGAGUAAGAUCAAUAUAGAUAGAAUUGUUGCUGAUGCUUCUCGUUUCCUCUAUGAUAGCUUUUACUUAAACUUCUCUUCUUCGAUUCCUCGUCCUCUCCUUGAGGAUCUCGCAUCUGGAACUCUGAAUUCAGAUUCGGUUCAACGAAUCGCGAAGGUGCACGACCAGUAUUUAGAAUUCGUUACAUUGGAGGAUAAUUUGUUUUCGUUAGCUCAGAAGAGUAUAUAUGUUCAAUUGAACGAUCCCUCUGCUGGAGAUCGUGAAAUUGAGGAGAUUAUAGAGAGAAUCGUUAGUGGAUUGUUUAGUGUUUUGGCUACGCUGGCUGUAGUGCCUGUUAUUCGAUGCCAACGAGGAGGGCCAGCAGAAAUGGUUGCCUCGGCAUUGGAUCAGAGGUUGAGAGAUCAUUUGUUGUCGAAGAACAAUUUGUUUACAGAGGGUGGGGGCUUUGCUAGCUCAUUCCAGCGUCCGAUUCUGUGUCUGUUCGAUCGCAAUUUCGAAUUAUCUGUAGGAAUACAGCAUGAUUUUAGGUACAGACCUUUAGUUCAUGAUAUUCUAGGAUUGAAACUGAAUAGAUUAAGCGUGCAGGGUGAAAAGGGUGGGAUGAAAUCCUAUGAAUUAGAUAGUUCUGACUCAUUUUGGGUGGCAAAUGGAUCUUUGGAGUUUCCAGAAGUUGCAGUGGAGAUUGAAACUCAGUUGAAUAAGUAUAAGAAGGACGUUGAUGAAGUGAAUAGAAGAACUGGUGGGACUGAUGGAGCUGAGUUUGAUGGAACAAAUUUGAUUGGGAACACAAAGCAUUUGAUGAAUGCUGUGAAUUCAUUGCCUGAAUUGACCGAACGGAAGCAAAUUAUCGAUAAGCAUACGAACAUUGCCACUGUAUUGUUGGGUGAGAUCAAGGAGAGGUCUCUUGAUUCUUAUGCUAAAAAGGAGAACGACAUGAUGGCUCGAGGUGGUAUUGAUCGGAACGAGCUCUUGUCUGUGCUAAAAGGGAAGGGUACGAAGACGGAUAAGCUUCGAUUCGCUGUUAUAUAUCUGAUCUCUUCGGAAAGUAUAAACCAAUCUGAAGUGGAAGCUGUAGAAGCUGCUCUGAGGGAAUCAGAAGUUGAUACUAGUGCAUUUCAAUAUGUUAAGAAGAUCAAGUCAUUGAAUGUCUCGUUCUCAUCAGCAAAUUCAGCUAGCAGAAGCAACAUUGUGGAUUGGGCUGAAAAACUCUAUGGACAGUCAAUUAGUGCAGUGACUGCUGGUGUUAAAAAUCUCUUGUCUAGUGAUCGGCAGCUUGCUCUAACUAGGACGGUCGAGGCGUUGAUGGAAGGAAAACCGAAUCCUGAGAUUGAUACGUUCCUUGCGUUCGAUCCUCGUGCUCCAAAGUCGAGCUCUGGAACCAGUGGCAGCCAUCUAAAAGGACCAUUCAGGGAAGCAAUUGUAUUCAUGAUUGGAGGCGGUAACUAUGUCGAGUACGGGAGCUUGCAAGAGCUGGCAAUGAAUCAGCAGACAGUCAAGCAUAUAAUAUACGGUAGCACCGAGAUCCUCACCGGAGCCGAGUUCGUGGAGCAGCUAUCGCUGUUGGGGCAGAAGAUGGGACUUGGCAACGUUGCUCCGCCCCCUCCUCCAGGUCCUUAACUGAACUCCCUUUUGUACAAUUUAUUUGUUCAUUGCACUGCCUUAGAUUGGCUAGUUCAUUAAAGAAAUUGGUCCAUAUCUGAAACUAUUCUAGACAAGAACAUUGUGGCUUAUAGAAUCUGCCUGUCUCGGUUAUUUCCCGAAACCCGAGGUCGUUACGUGUUCUUGAAGUCAUCAGAUCUUGAUUGGCCUCGACCUCCCAUAAUCUGGGAAGAAUGCCAUUUUGUAGAUGUUGUGAGUUUUGUUGAGUUUAAGAACUUUUUUGUAUUCUUUGGAAGAUCUAUGUAUUUGGAAAAUCACAUUUCCUCUUUAAAUGAUAUCUAAAAUGAUUAUUAUAUGUGUA